AUGUUCUAUCGCAUUGGUGUGGAUGUUGAAAUCGUGGCUAGUUACAAGACCCCAACAACGCCUGACAUUACUGCUGGCAUAUGCAAAGCUAUCGAGGGCAUUCUCACACCGAACAACAUUCAGCCAGCAGACAUCCUUUCGAUAAAUAUCGGCACAACUCAUUUUAUUAACGCCAUUAUCGAAUGUGACAAAUCGAAGCUUGAUCGAGUCGCGGUGUUAAGACUCUGCGGGCCAUUUUGUCGCGAGGUGGCUCCUUUCGAAGAGUUUCCUCCGUCACUGCGAGCUGUGAUACAGGGCCACGUAGGCUAUCUUAGUGGUGGAGUCGAGGUCGAUGGUCGUCGGAUAGGGGACAUCGACGAGGGGGAAGUUCUCGAUCAUGCGCGCCAAAUCCGUGAGCGCGCUGACAAGGCCGUCGUUGUCAUUGGAGUAUUUUCUCCCUUGGACGUAGCCGACAUCACGCAAGAAGAAAAAACCAAACGGAUUCUUGAAAAAGCUCUACCAGGAGUCAAUAUCGUCGUAUCGCGAAGUAUCGGAAACCUCGGUUUUAUCGAGAGAGAGAACGCCUCGAUACUCAACGCAAGCAUUGUUCGAUGUGGUCGCGCUGUCGUGCGUAAUAUCCAACUUGCUGUUAUGAAAAUGGGGCUCCUGGCUUGUCCGUUGUAUCUAACACAGAAUGAUGGGACUGUAAUGGAUGCUCAUACGGCUGCGUCUCUGCCCAUCAAGACAUUUUCGUCCGGUGCUACGAACUCUUUGAUAGGAGCAGUGUUUCUUGCAGGCUUGCAUUUACCCGACUCUGAAAUUGAUCUUGAAAAAUCGCAGGUGAUCAUGGUCGACAUUGGAGGCACUUCGUCUGACUUCGCCGCUCUAUCCCCCUCUGGCUUUCCUAGACAGUCUACAGCAGUAGUCAAAGUUGGUGGCGUGCGUACGGCAUUCGCAAUGCCGGAAGUUUUGAGCUUGGGUCUUGGUGGUGGAUCUAUAGUUCAUGUUGAUGGCGAUGGGAACGUUACAGUAGGACCCGAUUCAGUGGGCUAUCGUCUGCAGAACACUGCCCAGUGUUUUGGAGGGGAUGUGCUGACUGCAACGGAUAUCGCUGUUGCGGCAUCUAAUUCAGGCGACAGCCUUAUCAAGCUGCAAUGGAAGACUUCCCCAGAUGACGUUGUUGUGGAGGGUGCUCGUGAAUAUAUGUGUCAAGUUCUAACUCGAGGGAUAGAGAGGAUGAAAGCUUCUAAUAAGGACGUCAUUGCUCUCAUGGUAGGCGGAGGGUCCAUGAUCCAGAUUGACGAGCCUAAAUGUGUCAAAAGGUGUAUAAAACCGCGCUUCUCAAAUGUGGCGAACGCCGUUGGAGCUGCCAUUGCAAAGGUGGCGGGCGAAAGUGAUUGUAUUCAAAUACCGCAAGGAAGAACCUCUGAGCAAAUGGUAGAGAAUGUCAAGGAACAAGCCGUUCGACUCGCUAUUAAGAACGGUGCACAGCCGGACAGUGUCGAAAUCGUUGAAAUUGACAUACUUCCAGUUCCCUACACUUCUGUGGGCGCUGUUCGAAUUGUCGCAAAAGCUGUAGGUGAACUCGGCUGGCAGAAGCAAGAUCCAAAAGCCUCCGGACUAGUGGGUGAGGUCCAAAACGAUAUCAAGAUCCAGGCACCCUCCGAACAUGUUGAUCUGAAUGGUUUUCACCCAAUGGAAUCACCAUUGCUUGAAGAUCCACACCUGGAAUUUUAUACACCACAAAUCUGCAAGUCUACAAAACAGUGGAUUGUCUCCGAGAUCGAUUUAGCGUUUAUUGCGGAGGGCGUGGGGAUACUUGGAACUGGUGGUGGCGGGUCGUCACGAUCUGCGUAUCUCAAUGCCAUACGAAGCCUGCGUUCUGCUGGCGUCGGAAAAAUGAGAAUUAUCGAUCCUAAAUACGUACCUGAUGAUGGACAGGUGGUUCUUGUUGCUUGGACCGGAUCACCUUCAGUUUCCAGUGAGCGACUCUCCAAUGGAAAUGAACUUCCCACUGCACUAAAAGUCCUUGGAAAAUUUCUCCACAUCGACAAAUAUGCCGCCAUAAUGGGACCCGAGAUUGGAGGAUCUAACGGAAUGUGUGCCUUCCCCAUUGCAGCAAGCAUGGAUACCCCGGUUAUCGAUGCAGACACUAUGGGCAGAGCCUUUCCUAAAGUAGACAUGGCCUUGCCUUAUGUCUAUGGACAAGCAAGCCCUUGUCCUGCGGUCUUCACGGACGCUAGAGGUAAUGUGCAACUUAUCGCGGAGACAGAGGACCAUCACAGAUUUGAAACUAUGAGCCGAGCGGCAUGCGUUGAGCUGGGGCUGAGUACAGCAAUGGCAUUGAAUCCUCUAUCUGCGAAGGUGGUUCGUAGUCAUUGCUGCCAUCGAAGUCUCUCGUCGGCAUGGUUCAUUGGACGAGAGAUAUACCUUGCCCGACUAAAGAAGAGAAAUCCAGCCACAGCCGUGCUAUCGAUGAUUCCCGGUGGCCGCUUCUUGUACUCCGGUAAAGUCACCGAAGUAUCUAGGAAGGUUGAAGGAGGAUUCACCAUUGGGACAGCAACUUUGCAAUACAACGACGAGAACGGGCAAGACAUCAAGACGGACAAGACUCGUUUGCUACAGCUGAAAUACCAGAAUGAGUUUCUCUACGCCACUCUCGUCAAUCCCGACGGCUCGUUAGAGCCGGUUUGCACUACCCCUGAUUUGAUUUCCGUCCUUGACCAAGAUGGAUCAGCGCUCCAGACGCACGAACUUCGCUACGGGCUGUUGUUGGACGUGAUCGCACUGCCGGCGCAUCCACUCUGGAUGACGGAUGAAGGCAAAGAUGCUGCUGGUCCAAGGGCGUUCAGUUUGAAUGCGGAUUAUGUGCCGUAUGCCAGCGCCUGGAAGGAACCUGAAUCGGUCAUUGAGCGAUACUCCCGGAUUACCCCAUAA